GACCUCUUCAUGGCCAUUCGAAAAACCCUAAUGGACUCAUGGAGUUCUUCUAACUUAAUAUUGCCACCAAACUGUUCUCACAUUUGAUUCCUUAAGAAUACAAAUAUACAUCAAUUGGUGACAGAAAUAAGUGGAAGUAUUGUAAACUGCUAUAACCAGAACGAUGGGUUGAGUUUGAUAAUUUAAGCGCUGCAUCUUUUCUAUAUACCUGAUGUUAUGUUUCAUGGUAUGCAUUCAAGGCCACUUCUUGCCUACUAGCACUGGGCAAUGAAAGCAGCACUGUCAUGCAGUUUGCUUUGUUUUAUGGAACUAGUUUUAAUGAAAAAAAAAAAAAAAUUGAUUCAAAUAAAUACCACACGUGACACGCAUGUGGUUGGACUUCUGUCACUUGAGACGGCAGUUUUGGACGGAAUGGGGUACAUUGAAAAUCUUUUCAACUUUAUAGGUUGCAAUUGACGAAAUUGAAAAAUUGGAAAUCAAAUGAUAAUGCCUCUCGGCCUUAUUUUUGCACUUUUCUCACUUUGGGCUCUCCACACACGGUCAAGUCUGGGCCGGUUUCUUUGUUUUUCAACGUCAAAUUCAUCAAGUUUUCUUCAAAUCUCGAAUUCAAGGAAAUGGCUGAAUCUUCAAGAAAGAGAUCUAGAAAGGAAAUGGUUAAAGUGUUGAAAGAAAAAUUCAAGAAAAGGACACUUGUAGUUGAGCGGGGCGUCAAGGUAGCUGAUCUCGAGGACCCUGCCUUUUCUUUUAUUUUGGAUAUUUUUCGAGAUAGGGGUUGGUUGUCCUUGUUUUGACCAGUCAAUGCCUAUGUUAAACUUGUUCGUGAGUUCUACACGAAUAUUGAUAAGAUAAGUAUAACCCCUCCAUCCUUUAUAACCACGGUGUUAGGCGCCAAAAUCCAUGUCACUGCUGAACUAUUUUCAAAAGGGACUCGCAUCCCACUUGAGCCUAACCAUGGAUAUCCUUUUCCUUCUUCUAACCAUCCAAACAAGACUACCAUGCAGACUACGUUUGCUCCUCAAACUGGGCUUUUCUGGCUUGAGCAUGAGAAAUUUGUACCUUUGGGUAGAUUUUCUCCAGCCAUGCGACUUCUUGCUCGCAUUGUGCUUCAAAAUGUGUGGCCUAUCAAUCGCCAUUCUGAGAUUGGUUUUGAGAGGGCGAGGUUUAUGUUUGGGAUAGUUGAUGGGAUCCCCAUUUGUCUUUGUACUCAUGCUGUAGCACAAAUGAUUGAGGCCUAUCGUGACAAAUCCACUUCCUUACCCUAUGCCGGCCUCAUAACCAAACUGCUCAAACAUCUUGAGUUGCCCAUUCCCAACUCUGAGCCUGUACAAGUUCCUCAAGGAUACUUUGGAAAAGCUACUGUCCAAAAGUCUGAAGCUCAACUACAUCAAGCAGCUCGUGAGAUGGCCCAUGAGGCUACUGCACCUGCAGUUGAUGGUGACCUUGGUGCCUCUUCUUCAUCCUCUGUCUCCAUGGAGGCACUCAUGGAGCAGGUCAUUGCCUUGGUUCAGAUGAUGGGCAGUGUUAACAAGAGGGUGAUAGCUAUGGAUGAGCGCCAAAUGGCGAUGGAGAAGCGCCAAGUUGAGAUGGAACAACAGUUGGUGGCUGUUGGGGUACAGCUUAGUACUAUGCGGACUAAUCUAGCUGAGCAGAGUAUUGAGGUGCAGCAGAUUGACGCCAAUGUCAAGAGCAUACUGGAUAGAGUAAUCCCAGAAGAUGAACAAGCUCCUUGACUUUUGUUUUGAGUUCAUAUAUAUAUAUAUAUAUAUAUAUAUAUAUUGGUUGAUAUUUUGGUUAUCAUUAACUUUGGUUGAUCUUUCCCUUUGUCCUUGGUGACAAAAAGUGCGAGAAAUUUUAGGGAAGAUAGUUGAUUAACUGAUGGAUUACUAAUGACUUGAUGGAUGUUAUUAACUCUUGAUGUACUUAAUUUCUGGUUGUAAUGACGUCUAACUGCUAAUGAAAUUCAUUUCGUUCAAAUGUAAUUAAAUGCUCAUAAAUUUGGAUUG